AGCGGAGGACGGGGGCAGAGAGCAGAGGAGGGACAUAAAGUCAGGCUAACAGGAGGAGCGCUGAGUCCAGGGAAGGAGAGCGAAGACGAAGCUGCGCCCAUCAUGCUGCGGUUUGUAGCGCUGACCUGCGUCCUCUGCUUGGGAGGAAACCUUGUAACGGGACAGAGGGAUGGAGAAAUUAUCAGUCAGAUUAAAAUGACAAACCUCGCUUUGGCCGAGAUUAAAGAGCUGCUGAAGCAACAGGUCAGAGAAAUAGUGUUCCUAAAGAACACAGUGAUGGAGUGUGAAGCCUGUGGAAUGGGGGGCAUCCAGCCCGUCUCUCCCUGUGAGCCCAACCCCUGCCACCCCGGUGUGAGCUGCUCAGAGUCCCUUGAGGGCCCGCAGUGUGGCGCCUGUCCUGAUGGCAUGGAGGGCAACGGGACGCGCUGCACGGACGUGGACGAGUGUAAGGUGAUGCCGUGCCACAUGGGGGUCCGCUGCAUCAACACGUCCCCGGGUUUCCGCUGCGGUUCCUGUCCUGCAGGAUACACCGGACCUCAGGUCCAGGGGGUUGGACUCGCUUACGCCACUGCCAACAAACAGGUGUGCAAAGAUAUAGAUGAGUGUGAAGGUUCCAGCAAUGGUGGCUGUGUGGAAAACUCUGCCUGUCUGAACACUCCUGGCUCGUUCAGAUGCGGUCCCUGUAAGCCCGGCUAUGUUGGGGACCAACGACUUGGCUGUAAGCCUGAGAGAGCCUGUGGGAACGGCCAACCCAAUCCCUGCCACGCCAGCGCCAAGUGCAUCGUCCACCGAGAGGGUACAAUCGAAUGUCAGUGUGGAGUGGGAUGGGCAGGUAAUGGAUACCUGUGUGGAACGGACACUGACAUUGAUGGUUUACCUGACGAGAAGCUGAACUGUCCUGACCUGACCUGUAACAAGGAUAACUGCCUCACCGUGCCAAACUCCGGCCAGGAGGACGCCGACAACGAUGGGAUUGGAGACGCUUGUGAUGACGACGCAGAUGGGGAUGGGAUCCCAAACACACAGGAUAAUUGCAAGCUGGUGCCCAACGUUGAUCAGAGAAACAUUGAUGAGGACGACUUUGGUGAUGCGUGCGACAACUGCAGAGCGGUGAAAAACAACGACCAGAGAGACACGGAUCUGGACAAACUUGGUGAUGAAUGCGAUGACGAUAUGGAUGGAGAUGGAAUCAUAAAUGCCAUGGACAACUGCAAAAGGGUUCCCAAUGUUGACCAGAAAGACAGAGAUGGAGACAAAGUUGGAGACGCCUGCGACAGCUGUCCCUACGUUCCCAACCCGGACCAGAUGGACGCAGACAAUGACUUGAUUGGAGAUCCAUGUGACACCAACAAGGACAGUGAUGGCGACGGACACCAAGACUCCCGGGACAACUGCCCGGCCGUCAUCAACAGUUCUCAGCUGGACACAGACAAAGACGGAAAGGGGGACGAGUGUGAUGACGACGAUGAUGAUGAUGGGAUCCCUGACCUGCUGCCGCCUGGUCCCGACAACUGCCGUCUGGUGCCCAACCCUCUGCAGGAGGACUUGGAUGGUGAUGGUGUGGGUGAUGUGUGUGAGAAGGAUUUUGAUAACGACACCAUCAUCGAUCCCAUUGAUGCCUGUCCUGAAAAUGCAGAAGUUACCCUUACUGACUUCAGGGAGUACCAGACGGUCGUUCUGGACCCGGAAGGAGAUGCACAGAUAGACCCCAACUGGGUGGUGCUGAACCAGGGAAGAGAAAUUGUCCAGACUAUGAACAGUGACCCUGGUUUGGCUGUUGGCUACACUGCGUUCAGUGGUGUGGAUUUUGAAGGGACGUUUCAUGUAAACACAGUAACAGACGACGACUACGCUGGGUUUAUCUUCGGCUACCAGGACAGCUCCAGCUUCUACGUGGUGAUGUGGAAGCAGGUGGAGCAGAUCUACUGGCAGGCGAACCCGUUCAGAGCCGUGGCACAGCAAGGCAUCCAGCUCAAGGCGGUGAAGUCGAGCACAGGACCGGGUGAGAACCUGAGGAACGCCCUGUGGCACACCGGAGACACCGGAGACCAGGUGAAGCUCCUGUGGAAAGAUCCUCGCAACGUGGGCUGGAAGGACAAAACGUCGUACCGCUGGUUCCUCCAGCACCGACCCGCUGAUGGCUACAUCAGAGUCCGUUUCUAUGAGGGCUCUCAGAUGGUGGCAGACACCGGCGUCAUCAUAGACGCCACGAUGAGAGGAGGCCGGCUCGGCGUCUUCUGCUUCUCCCAGGAGAACAUCAUCUGGGCCAACCUGCGGUACCGCUGCAACGACACUCUUCCUGGGGACUUUGACACCUACAGAACCCAGCAGGUUCAGCUGGUGGCCUGAGGUCUAAAAAACAAACACUAACAGGAAUAAACCGGCCUUAUGAAAUGUAUUCAAAUUGUUGAAUCUGAAAAUAAAUCUCUGUCCUAAAUGAA